CAUCGAUUUUUCCUCCUAUCUUUUAGCUAAAUUUUCACUAUACUCGAAAAUAUCGCUGCCAUUCAUAUUCAGUUUAGUUCAGUCCAGUCCAUCGUGUAUUUUAGUCAGCGGAAAACUUUACGUACACACCAUACGAAAGAAAUAUAAAAUAUGUCGACUUUGAAGUGUUACCAAGACGAGGAACGAGAGUCUCAAUAUGGGCGCGUAUACGCCGUUUCCGGCCCCGUUGUUACGGCGGAGCGUAUGUCCGGUUCGGCUAUGUACGAGUUGGUGCGUGUGGGCUAUUACGAACUGGUUGGUGAAAUUAUUCGAUUGGAAGGCGAUAUGGCCACCAUUCAAGUGUACGAAGAAACUUCGGGCGUAACGGUUGGUGAUCCGGUUUUGAGGACGGGCAAACCACUUUCGGUUGAAUUGGGUCCUGGUAUUUUGGGCAGCAUUUUCGAUGGUAUUCAACGUCCACUUAAGGAUAUUGGUGAAAGCAGUGGCUCCAUUUAUAUACCAAAAGGUGUAAAUAUUCCUGCGCUUUCGCGCACCGAAGCGUGGGACUUCAAUCCGACAAAUGUGCGUGUCGGUUCCCACAUAACGGGCGGUGAUCUUUAUGGUAUUGUGCAUGAGAAUACGCUUGUAAAGCAUCGUUUGAUUGUGGGACCACGUUGCAAGGGUACUGUGCGAUAUAUUGCGCCAGCUGGUAACUACACAGUGGAAGAUGUCAUUCUGGAGACGGAAUUCGAUGGCGAAAUCACCAAACACACUAUGUUGCAAGUGUGGCCAGUACGUCAGCCUCGUCCUGUCACUGAAAAGCUGCCUGCCAACCAUCCAUUGUUCACAGGACAACGUGUUUUGGAUUCUCUAUUCCCUUGCGUGCAAGGUGGUACCACCGCCAUUCCCGGUGCUUUCGGUUGCGGCAAAACUGUCAUCUCACAGGCACUUUCUAAAUAUUCGAAUUCUGAUGUCAUUAUUUAUGUCGGUUGCGGUGAACGUGGCAAUGAAAUGUCUGAAGUACUUCGUGAUUUCCCCGAACUAACUUGUGAAAUUGAUGGUGUCGUUGAAUCGAUUAUGAAACGUACUGCACUGGUAGCCAACACCUCCAACAUGCCUGUCGCUGCUCGUGAAGCCUCCAUCUACACUGGUAUCACACUUUCCGAAUAUUUCCGAGAUAUGGGCUACAAUGUUGCUAUGAUGGCUGACUCUACAUCACGUUGGGCUGAGGCGCUUCGUGAAAUUUCUGGACGUUUGGCUGAAAUGCCUGCCGAUUCUGGCUAUCCAGCCUACUUGGGUGCUCGUCUCGCCUCCUUCUACGAGCGUGCCGGACGCGUCAAAUGCUUGGGUAAUCCAGAGCGUGAGGGUUCCGUCUCUAUUGUCGGUGCUGUAUCGCCACCUGGUGGUGAUUUCUCAGAUCCUGUCACAUCCGCCACCUUGGGUAUCGUACAAGUGUUCUGGGGUUUGGAUAAGAAAUUGGCUCAACGUAAACAUUUCCCUUCCAUCAACUGGUUGAUUUCCUACUCGAAGUACAUGCGCGCGCUGGAUGAAUAUUACGAUAAAAAUUUCCCAGAAUUCGUACCACUUCGUACUAAAGUUAAGGAAAUCCUGCAAGAGGAGGAAGAUCUCUCUGAGAUCGUACAACUGGUGGGCAAAGCAUCGCUGGCUGAAACGGAUAAAAUCACAUUGGAAGUGGCCAAAUUAGUUAAAGAUGACUUUCUACAACAGAAUUCAUACUCGCCAUAUGACCGUGUGUGUCCAUUCUACAAAACAGUGGGUAUGUUGAGAAAUAUGUUGGCCUUCUAUGAGCUCGCUCGCCACGCUGUAGAAUCCACUGCCCAGUCAGACAACAAAAUUACAUGGAAUGUUAUACGUGAUGCGAUGGGAAAUAUUCUCUACCAGCUGUCUUCAAUGAAAUUUAAGGAUCCUGUUAAGGAUGGCGAGGCGAAAAUCAAGGCGGACUAUGAACAGUUACACGAAGACUUACAGCAAGCUUUUAGAAACCUCGAAGACUAAAUCCAUGAGAAUUAGGAGGCACAGCUUAAAUACAAAGAAUACAUCCAAAGCCAAGUAAUAUAAAGUAAAGAAUUUCGGUUUAAGCAAACCAUCGAUAUAUAUAUGUAUCAGUUAAUCCAUUUAGCGUAUAACUGACAUAUUUAAAGCUAGUCAUUUCAACUAGUCAUUACGUGUUUACGUAAUAUUUGUGGAAAUAAACUUAGGAUCAGUUUAAACAUAAAUAUACAAAAUAGUAUUCACCCUUAAUUUACCUCUUAAUGUCCUUUAAGCAAGUGUUAAUUGUAUAUCUUAAACAGUAUAAUGGGAAGAAUGGUGAGCACGGAAACGGAUCACCUGUGAAAGACGAACAAUAACUAGUGGCUAAUAACUAACAAAUGUAUAAGCAAACGAACCAAAGAAACUACAACUACAAAUACAAAUAUUUACAUACAUAUAUGUGCAUUAAAUGAGCAACUGUUACCACAAAACUAAAUAACUAAAUUAAUCAAACGAAUAAUUAAUUAAAAAAGUGAUUGUUAUAAUACAUUUCAAAGAAUUUGGCAUAAAUUUAAUUUACGAAUAAUUCUUAUACAUUUGUGCGUCUCAUGAAUUUAUGUAUCUUUACAAUGUUAAGACCAGUUAAAUACUAUUGAAAGAAUUAAUUUUUUUUUGCAUUGUUUAUUAUCUGUAAAUAUUAAGACCUAAAGGGCACACAAAUCGUCUUUAGUGUUUUUAAAAGCAAACAAUUUUAUUUGCUUUCCGUUUGACUGUUCUAGGUUAUUUAUUUAUUGUAAAAUAAACCAAUUUACAUAGAGAUUAAAGCGAAUGUUUAUGCGUAUGUAUUAUCCAUGUUAAUAAAUAAAAAACAAUAACGCUUA